UUCCCUUUCGGCCCUUUCACGCAGGGGAGCAAGGUCGAGAGGAAGGGAGGCUUCGGUCUGCGUCGCCAUUUCUUUUGCCUUCAGUCUCUGCACCUUUCGCAGAGCUUGCAACAGCGCAAUGUUGGGACAGAGUAUUCGGAGGUUCACAACCUCUGUGGUCCGUAGGAGCCACUAUGAGGAGGGUCCAGGGAAGAAUUUGCCAUUUUCAGUGGAAAAUAAGUGGCGGUUACUAGCUAUGAUGACUCUGUACUUUGGAUCUGGAUUUGCUGCACCUUUCUUUAUAGUAAGACACCAACUGCUUAAAAAAUAAUCCAUGAGACAGAUGUGAAGAGGAGCAUUUUAAGAGGUGCAGUCUCUGAAAAAGGAUCAAAUUCCUGAACUCAGCAUACUGGAUAUGUUUGUAAAUAAAGUUACGGCAUAAAUCCUCAA